CCACGAUCGUAAUAUUGGGGCGUCCAUGCGACAGACAGAGUCAACCGGUGUCGCUCUGCUUGUUAACCUGCGAAAUUUUGACCCUCGACUCGUUCUUAGUCCCGGAUUGUACGUCGCACGAAAACACGUGUUUCGUUAGCUCCGUUUGUGGAAAAAUAAUUCAAUAAUGCCGCUCGCCAAGGAUUUCCUGCACCCGCUUCCGGCUGAAGAGAAGCGCAAGCAUAAGCUGAAGCGCCUGGUGCCCCAUCCGAACUCAUACUUCAUGGAUGUCAAGUGCCCCGGAUGCUACAAAAUUACGACCGUGUUCAGCCAUGCCCAGAGCGUGGUGGUGUGUACCGGCUGUUCCACGAUCCUCUGCCAGCCGACCGGUGGUAAAGCCCGGCUGACGGAGGGCUGCUCUUUCCGUAAGAAGCCCUACUAGGUGAAAGUCUAGCUGGCAGGGUCGGAAUCGGCCAUUAUUCCAUCGUUUUUAUUAAAGUUAUUAAUAUUGCUACUUCUGUGGGCGAAACGACUGAACGCGGCUUAGUUUCCGAUUGUUUGACGGAGCUGAAAGUGUGCAUUCAAGUGACCGCUCCGGUGUGAAUAAAAUGGUACUACAGUUGAACUGAAAAUGUCGGAAAAAUGAAGGAAUAAAGGAAGAAUUUCGAAACGGAA